CAGCGGUGCCCCAGGCCCUGGGCUCUCCCCCCUUCGCGCACUCCCGUCGCUCGUCUGUCCUCUUUCCCCCAACUUGCGUGUGAACGUGAAGAAGACGAUCUAUUAUUAGCAUCAUCAAGCCAGCCUCAUCUGCAUCGACCGGCGCCGCAAGGUACUGCAGUACUACAACGUCUUCGAACAUCCUUUGCAUUGCUAGAUAUUUUAUAUCCAGAUACCGGCUGCCGACGAAGAGCUGGCGACCUUGCCGGUGGUGUUGACGACUUCACUCUUCUAGCAGACGUCCUCCCCGAAUCCUCCAUUAGCAGCACAUCCAGCUUCUGCAUCAAUUUCGUUGUCCUUGGCCAUCGAUAGGCCUUUGCUUGUUCUUUCACUGCAAGCGUCGACAUAGUGCCAGUCGCAUAUAUAUGCCAAUCGUGCCUCCACAGCAUCAUCGGAUCGAAUCACUCCCGUUCCGACCCGAGGACCGCAUACUCGGCGCUGUCAACUACAAACAUCCGACGACAUCCCGACUUCCCAACGCGUUGUCUCACCACUCACACGUUGCUGUUUUGUCGAAUCCAUCGUGUUGAUAACUGAUACAGAAUUCCACUUCCGUGGCCCCGAUAAAAUCACACCUGUAUUGAUCUGAUCGCAGUGCUCUGCACAUACACCUCGCCAAGAUGGGCAGGAGGAAGAUAGAAAUCAAGGCCAUUAAGGAUGACAGGAAUCGCUCUGUAACAUUCUUGAAGCGCAAAGGGGGGUUGUUCAAGAAAGCCCAUGAGCUUUCCGUCCUGUGCUCUGUCGACGUUGCCGUUAUUAUCUUUGGCAACAACAAAAAGCUGUACGAAUAUUCAUCCAGUAAUAUUCGCGAUAUAUUACAACGAUAUACCUACCACGGAGGACCUAAUGAGCACAAAGGCCCUUCCGAUUUCAAUGGUGGCGCCGACGACGAUGACGACGAUGACGAGAAUGGGACUAAUUCGCAAGGGGAACAACAUAUGAUGUACCAACCAAACCCGCCAGUUUCAUACCCCUUUCUCCGGCACACAAGUCUGUCGGACUCACCCCCAGUACCAAACGGCGCGUUCGGGCCCCAGCCGGGACAUCAAAUGAGCCGCGCCCAUACUCCCCAGCCGCCCUUCGUCGCUCGGCCACCAUCUGUCAACGAUAUCCGAAGGCUGAGGCCCGGGCAGCCGGUUCGUCCUGCGGGAGUCGCCCAGGAACUUCAAAAUAGGAGCGCCUUUGUGCCAUCGCCUCCCAUCUACAACUCACAACCACCUGCUUCCAUGGCGCCUACUCACGGUCUUCCCACACAGCUGCAUCCCCAGUAUCCCUUCCAGCCGUCUCAACCACCUGCUCAUUCCAUGCAACAGUUCGAGGACCAGAGAAGAUCGCCUCUUCCUCCGACUUUUGUGUCUCAACCACCACCACAUCCAGCACAUCGCCAUUCUACGUCCCCGCCUGAACUUCUCCAACCGCAGAUCCCGCAGCAACAAGUACAUCGCCAUUCUGCCUCUCCUCAAGUUCACCAAGCCCAGCUUCCACAGCAGCCGCAGCGGCUACCGAGCGCAAAUAUGUCGCCUCCUCCGCCACAGCCAGCUCAACCGCCUCAGCAGCAGCAGCAGCAGCACCGUCACCAGCAGCAACAACCUCAGUCUAUGCCUAAUCAAAACCUUCAACCUCCUGCACCGCCAAAGCCAGAAUCUAUGGAGAGACCACGCCGGCUGAUCCCCGCGCUGAAUACGUCGGUCAAGAACCCUGGGCAGGGCAGUGUUUUUACGCCAAUCGAACCAGAGAACAAGUCUAUUCUGUCACAGCAUUUUGCCGCGUUCCGUCCAGAAAUCAAGUCCGAGUCGCCGAACAAUCGGUCGCAGUCUGUCGAUGGCGGUAACGUAUCUAAGCCUAAUACCUCUACACCAUCUAUCCAGCUCUCCAGUGCACAUGGCCAGGGGUCAGCUCAAAGAACGAAUUCAUUGACGGUAAUCUCACAAUCGACGCUUCCUCCGCCAUCCCGGCCCCAACACCUACGUGUGGGAGGUGGACCACUGCGACCGCGGCUUAAGGUGCAGAUUCCGGACGACUCGGAUAGCGGAAGCGCUGCUGGAUCGGCAAGUUCUCCUCGUGUUACAACCACAACGGACUCCGCUCCACAACCGCUAAAGACCGGCUCUGUACUUCCACCACCGUCACCAUCGGCCUCCAAUCUACCUUCUGCGGGUGCCACAGGACCACCUAAUCCCUUUGCCCCUCGAUCAACAAUUCAGCACAACAACAAUAUGAACAUUGACACUCCCGUUUCUGCUCUCCCAUCUCGAUUUCUGGGCGAUCUGCUGCCUAGUCCCAGCAGAUUCUAUCCUGAAUGGGGAUAUGGCAUCAGCGCGGAGAGCAACACGCUUCCUAGUCCAUUGAACUUUGCUACACCUGUUAAUGGAACCGGGCCAUCGUUCUUGAGAGACGAUCCCACUCCACUGAAGAGGAAGAGCCCCGAGACGAAAAGUACUGGGCCCGAGAAUGACACUGGGAACAAUCAAGAUGCUAAACGGAUGCGGCUCGAAUCUUAGGUCGACCCCGUCAUCUCUUUCUUCACUUUCUGUUCCUGAAUACUUAUUGUAACAAAAUAAUACUCUUAGCAUGGUAUAGCGGCGUUCGUGAUUGACUUUUUAUUGGCUCUCAUUCCCUUGGGCAUGGGUUUUUCUUUUCAUUUCAUUUUAUUGAUCUUCUAUUUUUCCUAUCUUUUCUCCAAAUAGUUUUUCCAAUUUUUAUGAUGGCCUGAUCGGAUAGAGCCUAAGGAAGUUUACGGUCAAGUGGUUUUACGGCGUUGUAUGGUGUAAGGCGCGUUAGAUCAAGGACUACUUGGUGUAUCAAGUUAUUGUUGCUUUCCAGCCCUCUUCUUGCCGAAACAUAGUGCAACUUCAAUGUCACUCCUUCCC